AUGUGUGUUGGUAUUAACCAAAGAAGCAAGGUAAUGCUUGUCAUUGGAAUCGGCUGCAUUGGGUUGGCUGGUUGGGCAGGAUAUGUGGUAUAUCAAAUGCGUUUCGCUAGUACUAAGUUCUCAGAGCUGUUCGGUCCACCGGAGCAUCAACAAUCCGGCAAAAAUCAGCCCCAAACUUGUCUGCAACCAAAUACUAUUCACCUGGAGGACCCAUCAGAAACAGCCAGUGAGGCUAGCUGUAAGCUCUACUAUGACCAAGGAGAAAUGGCAUCAGUGUUUGCUUCAAAGAUCAUAAAGAAUGCGCAGCAAUCGCUAGCUGCAGCAGAAGGGUGUUCUAGGGGUGCGGACUAUAUUAAGGAUGUUUUCGUGCCUACUAUGAUUCUUAAUCCUUCUGAAAGAUACCAGGAGGAGAAAUGCCAGCACAUUAUAUCACUCUUUGGGUUGCUGAACGAGGCUAUUCCGGAGGACUUGCAACUCAAUGCCUUGUUUCUUGAGCCCGCAUCUUAUGACGUGCUCUGGCUAAGAGUUCUUGGGUGCUUUUAUCGUCCUUAUUUAUGGCUCUGCCACUACCUGCCUAUCUCUAAUCUUAAGGAGCUUAAUGCCAAAAUUAGAUUCUAUCAUCAGACCGCGGCAAAUCCCAAUGAUUGGGAAACUUGCUGCCAAAACAUCGCUAAAGAGCUUAUACUGAGCAUCACCGCAUCUAUCAAUCUUGGCGGCUUUACUAAUCGUUGUAGAGACAUUCAUUAUCGGCUAGUUAAGUACCAAAAUGAUAACAACAUUUCGCGAGCACCUGAUGGUACUAUACCAAUUGAGAACUGGAUUUUCAUUCUUGAUUGGAUCAGCUAUAUGGCGCCUCUGUCUUUAAAAGCUCGCAGUAAUAUAAAUAAGAUCUUAAAUUAUGUGGAAAUCGUUAUCUGUCGAAUUGAACAAAGCUAUAUCAAUCCCCAAACCUAUGAUGUUUAUCUAACGCGUUUUUCAGAGGCCACCCAAAUGAUCAUUGAGGAAAUUAAUUGUAUUCUUGAAUUGCUCUUGAGUGCUCAUC